CGAUAUUUAAAGAUUCCUUUAAUUUUUAUUAUAUUUAACCAUUCUACUCUUUAUUUUGUUUUUUACUACCCUUUUAAUUAUUGUAAAACACAAUGGUUUAUUCCAUUUUAUUGAAUAAAUUCACAAAUAACUGUAUGAUUUUUACAUUUUGUGUAAACUAAUUAUGUAUAUUAUUCUUUAUAACUUGCUCAAUAAAGCUUCUAUAUUGUGAUGAUAAGGAAUAUAUUUUAUAAUAUUUGUUUUAAUAGAAGGUUUGAACUGAAUUCACUUAAAAAAUGGAAUUCUACACCAAUUUUAAGAAAUUUAAACAAUAACCAAAGAUUAAUCCUUUCAAGAUCAUUUUCGACAGCAAAUACAGAAAAUAACACCAAAGAUGAAACCAUUACCAUAUCCUACGGUCCCAAAGAUACUCUUUUAAUCACAGGAUAUAAUAUAAAAGAAAAUGAGUUAAAAGACCAUAUUAAAAUGUUGGAGGAAUCACUUAAACUCAAGCUUAUGACAUUGGACUUUUAUUCUCCAGAUAUCGCAAAUUCAUAUUCAGAGUUGGGUAUGGUACAGCAUCAAUCACUUGAACAUAUAAAUAAAGCCAAGGAGAAUUAUAUAAAAUCUUAUGAAAUUUGGAAGAAAAUUAAAGGCCAUAACUCAAGAGAGGUUGCUAACGUAUUAUGUUUACUCGGCGUUGUAAUGCGUGAUUUGGGAGAGAUUGAAGCAUCAAAAUCAACAUUACUGGAAUCUCUAUCAAUUGAUACGCAUCUUAAUACUCCAGAGAGUAACUUAUGUUCAGUAUAUUCGUUAAACAACCUCGCCAAUAUAUCGCAUUUACAAGAGAAUUAUAAUGAGGCCUGCGAAUAUUAUGAAGAUGCCAUAAGAAUAUUACUCACAGCCACAUCUGGUGAUAUUAACCACCGCCUCAUAUCACUACUAUACUAUAAUCUAGGAUGUUCAUACUAUAGAGUACCAGAUAUGUACAAUGCAAUGAUAUCACUCAAUAGGGCAUCUGAAAUCAUAAGUAGAAUUGGUGACCCUUGUAACAUACUGCAUAAAAUCAGCGAUUUGCGGGAAGAAAUUAAUGGAAUAAUUUCCAAUCAAUAACAUACCACGAUAUACAAACUAUUUAUAAGAUUGUAUAUGACUAAUGAGUACAUGAUACGAUAAAUUAUUGGAGCAGGGAUAAGUGUUAUUCAACGCAUCUGUAGGUGUAAAGCCUGUAUCUGAGGAAACGGCCAGUAUCUUCAAACUCAAGAGAGCAGCUUUCGUUUCCGUCGCAUUUAUCCUUGGCUUCUCCGUAAAAAGAUUCAACAAAACCCUUAUUCGUCAGCUUUGGACCAUAGAUAAAGGCUGUUACGGUCUUGAUCUUGCGAUCCUCAGGACACACUGGCUCCAAAGGAACACCCCUAAAACCAACCAGAGUCACUUCCUCACCCUCUUUAACAGCAGAACCCUCAUUCUCUAUACGGAAUAUAAGGAAGAAAUUACUAAUAUUAUAUUUAUCUGAGUUAUUUGGGAUAACUAGUGUAGGGGAUACGGAUGCAGAAAAGAACGCCAUUGAAGAUGGAUUUCCCUUGAUAAGCACAAGUUAGACCGUCUUCAGUUUUGAAACGAUCUUCGCCUUCUUCAACCUUGUU